GAAUGUGCUGUUGAUGAUUAUCUAAGCAAACUUAAAAUUGAUGAAAUGAUAAUUGAAGCUGUUGAAAUGAGAACAAAAAAGCAAUCACAAAGUGUGUUGUGGCAGAAUCUAAGGAAAUUCAUCCUUACUGCUUCAAACUUUGGCAAAAUAAUAAAACGUAAAAUAAACCCAGAUGGACUUAUUAAGCAGUUGCUAUAUUCCAGCUUCUCAUCGAAAGCUACCACUUACGGGUCUGAAAACGAAGAAAACGCAAUUCUUGCUUAUGAGAAACAUAUGGAAAUGUCUGGAAAUGCUGUCAAAGUUGAGAAAAUGGGUUUACAAAUUUGUGACAAGUUUCCUGGAUUAGGUGCCAGUGUUGAUGGCAAAGUGUUUGACAUAUCUACAGAUAGCUAUGGAUGUCUAGAAGUGAAAUGCCCUAUAUCUAGAGCUGGACUUACUCUUGAAGAAGCUGUACAUAAACAGCCAUUUUGCUUGAAGAAAAAUGAUAAAGGUGAAAUUAAAUUGAACAGAUCUCAUGAUUACUUUUACCAGGUUCAAGGUCAAAUGUUUGUGACAGGGCUAAAGUGGGCAGACUUUGUCGUUUGGCUCAAUGACAAAAAUGUUUAUGUCGAAAGAAUUUUAUUUGAUGAGACAAUGUGGAAUAAAAUUUCACUUCCUAAAUUAACUAACUUUUACAGGCAACAGUUUAUUCCAGAAUUGUUGUCAAGGAGAGUACAAAAACAAUUAUUAGAAAGAUAAAAUAAAAGCUUAAAGCACAACGAAAGAUAGGAGUGAAUAAAUAGGCAGUUCGUUAAAGUACAUGAACAUAUUUUGGUUAAGUGCUUAAGUUUUUUGAUAGUUAUUCACUUAUUGCCAAAUUACAAAUUGAACUCAGUGCACAGAAGUGUUUAAAUAUUUCUUGAUUACAAACAUGUAAAGGGAUAAAAAAAAUAUAAAUAUCAUGUGCAUACUUUCAAUUAAGUGAAAUAAUGUUAAGAAGUUGUUUGUUACUUGUGGAGCUUCAAGUUUUUUUUCACCUUCUCAUUGUCAUUUCUUACAUAAAAAUAAAUUAAAGAUGUUUUGACAUGACAGAUGUUUUAGAGUAUAUGAACAGGCAGUUUUGAUGUAUAUACACAGUCAGGGAUAUUAAUCAUUAAAAACUGAAGUAAGGAUUGUUAAGAAGUUGUUGGCUACUUGUGGAGGUAGGGUGUUGAUUUUUACCUCCUGAUUGUAGUGUUUAAAAACAAUAACAAAUUUUGGUAAC